AUGUCCGCGCCGAAACCUCCUGUUGCUUUCAAGGACCACUGCUCCAUCAUCCACGAUGGAGUCAUCUAUGUCUAUUCACCCGACGCGUUUCAGACUUUGGAGUUGAAGGAAGGCGCAAAGUGGAAAGAGCAGGCGAAUGGAGUAUCGGUGACAGGAGCCGUGUGUGUCAAGGGAGGUGUCGAUGGGGACAAUUCGAAAGCGGCUCUGUACGUCGUCGGUGGUGCUACGAAUGCGUCAACAACAGAUUACACUGGGCUGCAGCGCUACUCAAUCCAGGACAAGUCGUGGCAGACUGUUGUGCCCGUCGUCAACGUCACCCAGAAUCGCUUGAACCAUGGGGCAGCAUAUCUGGAAUCAUCGUCCACUCUCGUGGUCUAUGGAGGAUCCCAAAAUGGUGAUUCGGGGCCGUCUUCUGAGACCUUCACUGUCGGGCUGUACCCGCCAUAUACGGUGCUUGCAUACAGUUCCAUUGCACCCCCGACGGCCAGUCCUUUCAUGCUACCAUACAGCCAGGACCGCACCCUGAUGGUCGGUGGCAGCUCGUUCAACGACAAGACCUUUACUUUCGACCCUACAAAUGGAUGGCUGGAUCUCGGAUUGACAUUACCAGCUCCACUACCGGAUCGCUCAGCUGCGCAAUGUGCUCUUUUCACCCUUCCAGACGGUAGUGUGAUUCUUCAGACAUUUAAUCUGGGCCAGACACCGACGACAGUGACAACAAACGUCCUACAGAACCCUGGCGGUGCCCCCGCAUCCUUUGGCCAAACCGCUGGAGGGAGUAGCGCAAUGCCGAGUGCAUCCUCUGCACCCAUACCGGCUUCGAAAUCGAGAAGGCAGACAUCGCUUGGAACUUACCCAACCUAUAACGAUACCCUUGCGCCCUCCACACGCCGAACAGGGACCAGCCUGGCACAAGGUGAGGACGGACUCGUGGCUCUAAUAGGAGGUAACGAUGACGACCCGCUGCUUUUCUUCAAUCAAUCCGGCAACGGUUGGAUAGCGGCGUCUCAGCUUCUCGGGACGCAGCAGGUCCCUUUAGCUACUCCAUCAUCAACCGUACCUCCCGCCACUUCUACUGCAUCAACUACUCCUGCUGUGUCGAGUCCUUCGGGCAGCAAGACACAAGGUCUCACUGUCCUCGGAGCUGUACUGGGUGGUAUCUGUGGGGCCCUGGCAAUUCUGCUCCUUCUACUUCUGUGGCGCAGAUCAAGCCGGAGGAAGCGCAGGGCCGAAGCCGACAAGGAGGAGGACUAUCCGGACGACAAGAAGCGGGAAGCAGGAUACAACUACGAAGAACGAGGCCUGGGACCGUUAGCCGCGGCUGGGCAGCCCAUGGGGAGAAGUCCAGUUCCUUCUGCCUACAUAGCAGAAGCGGACACCACUGGUAUGUUGGGUGUGGCCCGACCAGACCCAGCUUCGCUGGUUCGCCGUGUCUCCUCCGAUCGAAUGAAGGCCGAGUAUCGCGGAUCAGGCAUCGGCUUUGGACAGGCCCUUUUCAAGCGAGAAAAGGACAGAGAACAGCCCAAGCUUUCCAUCUCCAAGCCCAUGAUGCCGAUUCUCAAUGACUACAAAGAACGUCCGAGCAUUGAACUCGGCAAAGCAACACCUGUCGGCAGCCCUGGACCAGCUGUAGCCGUUCCAUCACCAAAAGCUGCCGUGCUGACCAAAAAGCCAUCCCAAAGGAAGACAGACGAAGGCUGGGGCAAGUACUUCCAGGCUGAUCGGCCAUCCCCAAACAGGGCGACAUUCUUGACGAGGAGUUCCGGGCAAAAGAGCGGCUUCUGGCCCGGGUCGGGUAAUCCUGAAAACGCCACCACCAGAUCUCCCAAGUUCAUGCUUCGAGACAGCAUCGGUAACCCCCUGGAAGCGCAAAAUGUCGCCGCGGGCAGUCCUAGCCUUGAACGUGGGCCCUCAAACCUGCAGUCGAGAGGUUUGCAGUCCGUACAAGGUAUGACCGGGCACAUCUCCCGUGCAAGCUCGGUGAGGACAGAUAACACCACGGAUGACGACUACGAAGAUGAUCAGGUCUUCGAAGGGGCCUUCUCAAGCGGCGUUCCCACCAGUGUGCAGGACACGGCAUGGACGCCUGUAGGCAACACGUGGUCCGGUCCAACCGAACGACCGUUACAUCCUCCGAGCAGUUACCUCGCAGCUCAACAAGCUCAACGCGGGCUGGGGAUUCCGCAGACUCGACCCCCGCUGACAGCAGGCUCGGCCGAAACGAGCAACACAACUGACACGCAGACCUCCUCGAUCCCUUCCUUCCCGAUGCCCAAUUCGAUCCGCUCUGUCCAACCCAGCGGCACCAUGAGAACACACACAGCCGAUUCACCCACGUUCCACCAACAAGCAACACGAACACCGUUCACUGAACCACGGCAAGAAACCGACUACUUCGGCCACACUCGUAAGCCGAGCACAGGUCGACAGCAACCAGAGAACACCAGAAAUGUUAACACGGACAUGUCAUGGCUCAAUCUUGGCACCCCGAGCGAGAAUCAGAGAGAAAUGUACGUGGAGACGCAUCAAGAGAGCAGCGGGGGCAGUCGGUGA